AUGGCGCAAAGGGCGCGGAGAAGCUCCUUCUUCGCCGAGACAGAAGGCGACGGCGAAGACAAUGUACAAUUCGACAACAUCGGCAGACAAGAACUUGCCUGGUCGACGGAUAGUCCGCGAAAAAGGCCUGCGCUGCUUCCUCCAAAAGUUGACCACAAGUUUUACACUUUGUCCAUUGAGAAGAAUUUCGCAGGCAAGGGACUUCAAAUCAUUGUCGAGAUUGGCAGCAUCGAGCUGACCCCGGGAAGCCCCGACUGA